AUGUCAGUCUCUGAGACGUCUUGGAUCAAGCGCUGCACUUGUCCGUAUUCGAAAAAUGGACACAGAGUACUUGACUUCCUUUACGCUGAUCAGCCCUCCAGGAGGAAUGCCGUCUGUGUGUUGUCUCUCCUCUUUCUGGCGAACACUCUCGUCAGACAAGCUGCAGAAGCACAACUCUUAUUCCCUUGUUUUACUUUGCGUUUCACCCUUUGUUUCAUUUUUCGUUGGUGUUGUGUGUUACUGCCUCCAGAAAACUCCCGGCGACAAAAACUGUCGCAGAAACACAACAUUGAGAAAAAGGUGCGGGAGCAUCGGCGAAAAAUGCGCAAGACGGCCAAACAGACGGGCGGCCCUGUGCGCAAGAAGCAUCGACGCGACCCGGGCAUUCCAAACUCGUGCCCUUUCAAACAGGACAUUCUGCGGACGAUUCAGAUUCGAAAGCAACAGAAAGAGGCGCAGAUUGCGGCCGAACGCGAGCGCAGACACGCCGAGGCCAGUGGCGCUCUCGCGGGCGGCCUGCCCUCGAAGGACGACGCCGACGAGAUGGACGCGCCAGAGCUCGUCGCUGCGAAUCAGCUUGAGCAGCUGCUGGACUCCGCUGCAGACAACCAAUCGCGUUUUCUCGCUGAACAACAGAGGCAAAACGAGUUCGUAGACGGCUCGCUGUUCAGCUACGAGCUGACGACUCAGCAGCAGGUGUAUCUCCAGCAGCAACAGCGCCAGCAGCAGCUGCUGCUGCGUCGGGUGCUGCAGCAGGCUGACGUCAUUAUUGAAGUUCUGGAUGCGCGCAUGCCGUCCGCCUUCCGCUGUCCUGCCCUCGAACGCUGGGUCCUCGGUGAGGGCAAGAAGCUGAUUCUGGUGAUGAACAAAAUCGACCUCGUCCCCAAGGAGGCUGCGGUUGCGUGGCUCAAGACGCUGCAGCGCGGCGUCGCGCCCGCCCUUGCGUUCAAGUGCGCCGGCGGCAGAAGCUCCGGAGCGCGGAAGAGGGGCGUGAAACGCGGCGGAAAGAGAAAACUUCAAAACUGGACUGACGUCGAGCCGCUCGAGGCGAGCGAGAGCUUCAAAAAGUGUUCAUCUGUCGCGCUGGGCGCGCCCGCGCUGCUGCGGCUUCUUAACGCACUCGCGCACACUGCGAACCGCGGAGAAGGAGGCCCGCCGCUGCUGGCGUCGCUCGAGGCUGACGCCGCGUCGGCUGCCUCUUCCUCCUCCGCGAAGGCGAAUCUGAUUGUCGGCGUCGUGGGUUACCCGAACGUGGGCAAGUCGUCGAUUGUGAACGCGUUGACGCACUCGUGCUCGACUGCGGCGGUGGCCGCCAUGCCUGGCAGCACCAAAACGCUGCAGUUCGUCCGCGUCGACAAGCACAUUCAGCUAAUUGACUCGCCAGGCGUCCUAUUCUCUCCGUCGAAAAACCCGCAAGACGAUGCGCUGCUUCUCCCGCCGUCGACCCCUGGCGCCGCGGCCGCGGCGAGCCUCGCAGACGAGCCGGGAAGGGACGCAGCUGCAGAGAGCUGCUCCUCGUUCAUUCUCCGCAGCUUGCUGCCUGUGCAUCGCCUUGGAAACCCGCAGCAAGUCGCCAGCGCCGUCGCCGCCUGGUGCUGCCCUGAGACGCUCCAGCGCCUGUACCGCUUGGAGGCCUUCUCCUUGCCGCAGGAAAUGCUCGCGCUGCUGGCGCACCGACGCGGUAAACUCAAGAAGGGCGGAGUUCCCGACCUCGAGGCGGCCGCGAAGAUCUUUCUGCAGGACUGGCAAACUGGAGGCAUCCCCUACUACACACUGCCGCCCUCAGAGAGCGCCGAAGUCUCAGCUGCGCCGGAGCUCAAGGGCGAAAAGGUCGCUUUCUGGAAGUCCGCUGGCGGUGAAGGUUCGGGCGAUGCGAAGGCGCAGGCCUCGCCGGCCGACGUCUACGCGUCCGUCCUCGCUGCGCAGUGCCGCGCCAUUGAGACCGGAGAAGAUGAAGAGAAGAAGACAGACUCCGGCGACGCACAGGCAACCGCCGCACGCAACACAGGCGUGCUGCGCAUCAGCCACUCCGCCGGUCAACGAGCCGCAGAGCCUCAGAGGCCGUUCAUGCUGCUACGCUUCGGGCCUGUCCCUGGAGACUCCGCGUCGACUGGAGAAGAGGCUGAGUCGGGAGACGACGCCAUGGCAGAAGACGAGGCACCCGAGAGACUGCAAAGCGCCGCCAAGGUCCCCAAGAAGGCGGCGAAGAAGAAGCGCAAGCUCGCGAACAAACUCCAUCGACAGGCUGCGGCCGCAGCCCGCGGCACGGGAGAAGAAGCUUACAUGGAUGUAAGCGCAUGCGACAUGCUCUAG